ACGAUAUUGCAUAGAACAAAACAUUCCAUCCAUAAUACCAAAAAUUGCCUUUCCCUCUUUCAGAUCUGAACCGCUGCAUUUGCUCGACACGUCCUGUUGAGCUGAUUGUCGUCCCCAAAUCCCUAAUUCCACUAUCAACUCCCUUUCCUCUGCUUCUAUUCCUUCUCAUAUUACUGAGUUCUCACCUUCUUCUCGCGGGUUUUUUUUUUCUUUUUCUGUUUCAUUCUUCGAUUCGAUCGUUGCUGCAUUGUGGAAUGUGGGUUUCCUCAGAAGAUCUAGGGUUUAUAUCACCGGAUAGCUACGGCCUAUAUGCGAUUUUCAGAUCAGAGGACGAACGCUUGGGAUGGAGAUUGUACUAAAAGAGAAGGAUGCUGCGGAUUGGGUUUAUAGAGGCGAAGGAGCCGCUAAUCUUGUCCUUGCAUAUACUGGCUCCUCUCCAGCUUUUAUUGGAAAAGUUAUGCGUAUACAAAAGGCUUCUAUCAAUGGAUCACAGCAUGCGAGGACUCCGACCGCAUUUUCCAAAUACGAAUACUUGUUGUGGGGUGACAUAGGGAACCUUGUCUCAUCCGCUGAUAGGGACACUGCUGCCCAAACCUUUGUGCAGCGUGUAAUGAGCCCUUUAUUGGGUUCCAAACACGUUGAUUCUGGUAAACUUGUCUUAGUAACCAGAGAAUUUCUAGAGUUGGCAGAGAAGAAUGUAAAUAGUGAACGCCCAUCUUGGAGGGUAGAUGCUGGAAAGAUUGAUACCCAUCGUGAUUAUGUUCUUAUCAUAUCUGAUCAUUCCAUUUUCCCUCACGGUGCUUUAGAAGGUGAGCCUUGCAUAUCUGUCGAGAUAAAGCCAAAAUGUGGGUUUCUCCCAUUCUCAAGGUUCAUAACCCAUGGCAAUGCGGUUAAGAGGUGUAUGACUCGUUUCAGAAUGCACCAAGCCCUUAAGUUGCAUCAAGAAGAGAUAUCAGAGUUCAGUGAUUAUGAUCCACUUGAUCUCUUCUCUGGAUCCAAGGACCGUAUACUUAAAGCAAUUAAGGAUCUUUUUUCCACGCCUCAAAACAACUUUCGAGUGUUCUAUAAUGGCUCUCUUAUAUUUGGGGCAUUGGGUGGUUCUGCAGAGAAUACUGACGUUAUUGUUGGAGAAGCAUUUGAAGAUGCACUCAAGUCUGUCAUCCUGGCAGAUGAUGGUCUAUGCACUACUAGCUUGCUACAGCUUGUCACUGAAACUUUAUAUAAAUCUGGAGUUCUGGAUCGACUUCUUGAAGUCCAGAAGCUUGACAGUUUGGACAUAGAAGGUGCUAUUCAUGCAUAUUAUGAUGUAAUUUCAGAGCCUUGUGUGGUUUGUGGACAGUUGAAUGAAGAUGAAGAAUUGCAUAGAUAUGCCUCUUUGCAUUCCCUUCCUCUUGAUCAAAGCUUAAAGAUUGUCAAAAACUUUUUGAUAGCUGCUACUGCCAAAGACUGUAGCUUGAUGAUUAGUUUUAGGCCAAGAGAAGGGAAAGAAUGGGGUUCUUCGAAUAACACAAUACGCCUUGAAUCAACAGGGCAAUUUUUUGAUUAUAAGGUACACUUCAUUGACUUGGAUCUAAAACCAAUGAAGAAGAUGGAAGAAUAUUAUGAACUGGAUAAGAAGAUAGUGGGUCUCUACAGGAAAAUAGAGAAAGGGAAAGUAGGUGAUUCAAAUGCAAAAUUAUAUGAGACUAAGGUUGGAAAGUAGAUCCAAUAUUAAGAAACAAUUUCCUCAUUGA